CGGCGGCGGUGGGAAGGCGCAGGCGCGGUUGGCGGCCGGCAGAGCGCGGAGUAGUGGCGCGGGGCGCGCGGGAAUCAUCAUCCAAGGAUCUACCAGAGACCACAAGAAAACAUGGGGAGAAUUUUCCUCACAGGAGAAAAAGCCAAUUCAGUAUUAAAACGCUACCCAAGAGCUAAUGGACUUUUUGAAGAGAUAAGGCAGGGCAAUAUUGAACGUGAAUGCAAAGAAGAAGUCUGCACAUUUGAAGAAGCAAGAGAAGCUUUUGAAAAUAAUGAAAAAACUAAGGAGUUUUGGAACACUUACACAAAAGCACAACAAGGAGAGAGUAACAGAGGAAGUGACUGGUUUCAGUUUUACCUUACCUUUCCAUUAAUCUUUGGCCUCUUCAUUAUCCUCCUUGUCAUUUUUCUAAUCUGGAGAUGCUUCCUAAGAAACAAAACUCGCCGACAGACGGUGACUGAAGGCCAUAUUCCUUUCCCUCAGAACCUCAAUAUUAUCACUCCGCCUCCACCACCAGAUGAAGUCUUUGAUAGCAGCGGAUUGUCGCCAGGCUUUCUGGAAUAUGUAGUUGAGCGCUCAGAUUCCGUCUCCACUCGCCUGUCCAAUUGCGAUCCCCCACCGACCUACGAGGAAGCCACUGGUCAGGUGAACCUGCGGAGGAGUGAAACAGAACCUCAUUUAGAUCCACCCCCGGAGUAUGAGGACAUCAUCAACUCCAACUCAGCCAGUGCCAUUGCUAUGGUGCCUGUGGUCACCACCAUCAAAUGAAACUGCACACUUCUUUUUAUUAUAAUCAUUUUUAAAAUACUAAUGAAAGAACUUUCUAGCACUUUACCACUACAUAAAUGUGCAUUUGACUUAUUGGAUUCUGACAGCAUACCACUUCACAUCCUCUGAUUUGAUUUUCAUUAGUUUUGUUUCCUACUAUAAAUUCAUUAUCCAUGCUCAUUUUUGCUAAUGGAAAUAUGUUAAGAGGGAAAAAUACUAGUGGAGGUCUUCAUGUGAGGAGAUGUACAUGUGUGUACGUAUAUAUGUUUAUGUAUAUAUGUACAUAUAUGUGUUUGUACAUCAGCCCAGUGUACGGGCAACUGUCUUAAAAAGUCAUUAACAUCUAUCUAAAUCACCUGUAAAGUUAGAACAUUACUCACCAAAACCAGGGUGGGGGAGAAGGCACCAACAAGUUGUGUAACAGGUAGCAACAUGCUGUUGAAUUUUGAAAAUAAGAUGAACUUAGCAUGUUUUCUAAUUCUUACAGGCUUUUGUUAACCUUCUUCAACUACCUUAAAAGGAAAGAAAAAUGCAAGCAGUCAAUCUUGACUUUAGGAACAUCUCAGAAGGCAACAGAGAAGGAAGGCACAAUAAACAAUACCUUGCUUAUUUCAGUGGACAGCAAGAAAAUCAUGGGUCCUUAGUGGCAUUUGGCUGGUUUCAUAGGAGGGAUUUUUGUUGCUGUUAUUGACUGCCUCCCCCACAAAAAUUAAACAGUAUUUGCUCAGUAUCUUUGCAUGUCUCAUGCUAUUUGUAUUAACAUCUUGAUGGAGUGGAUUUCCUGGCAAAAGAAUAAUUUCUCAAGUAGAUACACCUAUUAAUGACAGGGAACAGAUGCAGAUUUCUCCUUUGCCCAUUGGCCACAGUAUUGUUUUCUCGUUUCAUUGCCCUUUACUCCUUCUCCUACCACCACAGAAUCUUCAAGCACCUAAGAAUUUAGUUAAAAUUCCUGAAAUUAUUUUCUUAAUGUUUUUAUAUAGAGUGACGCCUUUGUCUCAAGAUGAUUAGGAGGCAAUUUUCCAUUAAAUUAAGAACUGUGAUUUUUAUAUUGUUCUCCAGUUGGUGGAGGAAGAUUGCAAAGUCUGUGCUGUGCCACGUGCACAAUAAAUCUAGUUAUACCUGCACACAGACCUCAUUGUUGCUAUUUCAUUUUGUAUUUUCAUCAGAUUUUUUUUAACUGCAGGAUUUUUACUUUUCCCUUGGAGCAGGGGGAACAGGCUGUGAAUAAACUGCCAACAUAAACUGGCUCAGAAAGGAAAAAUAAAAGUUAUACAUGCGGGCUUCCCUGGUGGCGCAGUGGUUGGGAGUCCGCCUGCCGAUGCAGGGGACACGGGUUCGUGCCCCGAUCCCGGAGGAUCCCACAUGCCGCGGAGCGGCUGGGCCCGCGAGCCAUGGCCGCGGAGCCUGUGUGUCCGGAGCCUGUGCUCCGCAACGGGAGAGGCCACAGCAGUGAG